CAAUUCCAAAUACUAAAAAUCAGAGGUUACAACACAUGCUGAAGAGAAUUAAAGGAAUUUUAAUCCCUCCAAGAAUCAAAUAAAUUUUGAUUAGAUUAAUCCAAUCUAAGAUUAAAAAUUCAUUAAUGAUACUCAUUAGAUUGAACAUCCUACCUAAUUAAUCCGGGUUUGAUUUUUAUUUAAUCAUAAGGACCUGCUUUUACAAUUUAUUGUUAAUAAUUGUAGAAAAGGAACUUUUGAUUAUUAAAUCACAUUUAUUUUCAUUUCUAAACAAUUAGGUGAGCAUACUUGAAAAUUAUUCGAAAACAUAGACAAAGAUACAAAUUACGAUAACCAUCUUUGAUCCUUUUAGAGUUCAUCAAAGAUGUCAUCCAUGAAUAUUUGCCCAAUCAGAUGCUCCAAGUUAAGCAUCUCCUUAUUUCAAGCAGAGUUCUCUGGAGUUCAAUAGUAAACUAAAUAAAAUUUUACCAUUUUUGAGCUUCAUUGAGGAUUUUGUUAAUGAAAUAAACUUUAUCAUUUUUAGAACUCCUUAGAGGGAAUUUUUUACGCGCC